AGUUGGUUGGGUCCCGAAGACAAUACGCUUACGAAUAGCGCAAAGUAUAAGGUGUUAGAGAACGGAGAUCUCAUCAUAAGGGACCUGACGUGGGAUGAUAUGGGAAACUACAUGUGUGUGGCCGAGAACUCGCACGGAUCAGAUCGCACAUCCCUUUUCCUCUAUCCAACUCUCCCCGAAGACAGAAAUUGAAAUAAAAUUUUAUUUUACUAGUUUUAACUAAAAAAGAGAUUUAAAUGACAUUUAUUUUCAAGUUUAAGAGAAAUGAAUAUAGAAUUUGAAUCGAAAGGUAGAAGAAUAUAACGAUUAACUCAAUUACUAUCCAUUAAUCGCAGUAUUACUUAAACUCUUUGUUUUGUCAUUCAUUUUCAUUCAAUACAUUUUAUUAGGGAU